UUCCCCUUAAACGACAUUUGUGUCCAGCGGAGUUUUAACCCAGUGGAGAAAUUUAGUAUAUACUGACUCUCACAACGCCAGUUGUUUUGGUAGCGCCGCAGGAAGGUGAAGGUGCGCGGCACUCCUCACUGUCACUCCGAACCGAUCCAUGGAAAGUUCAGGAAGGAGGGGAAAAUGGCCGUUUCGACUGGACAGGUGCAGGCGUUUUGGCAUUUGGAGAUGGAACGAAGGGCAUGAGGUAGCAGCGGCUUCCCUGCACAGCCUGGACGUCACAUUCACAUCCAGCUAACGUUGCUCAUGCAGCAGAAUCAAACCUCCAUCCAAUCAGCAAGUGUAUCCAAAAAGGCGAUGAGCGGCACAGGCAAGCAAACAGGUUUGUUCUCUUGGUCACCACCCAACGUUCAGGACCAUCGUGAAUAGCAGAAAGGAAGAUAGAGCUCGUGCUUCAUCCGAGUUAUGUGCACAUCUGACCGCCAGGUUCGUAACCUCUGCCGGGCCGGGCGGGGCCCCGACAUGUUGGAGCAGCUAAUGGAUCUCAGGAAGGUCCAACCAGACAGAAAGAGGGCACUUGUUACGACCAGAUCACAUGUUCCAUGACGGCAGAGAGGCUUUGGUGGUCCGGCUGGAUUCCACGGGGAGGACGGGUUUGGUGGAAUUAUACAGACUGAGAAGCAAGAGUCAAUGAGGAGGCCUGAAGACGUGUAGAAGAUUGUACAGUCUGCUGACAGGCCUCCACCAUGGAUCACUCCGCCUCCAUGAACUUUUCGGUGGUGGAUGAAGGUGAAGUGGAAGACAUGCGCUCUCUCCUCCCACAGAGGAUCCCCCACCCCGCACAGGCCUGCUCUCCCCAACGUGGCAGGCUCCACACGAUCCAAACGUCCACAGACCACACUGUGUGGCUGGAGAGGACGCAGGCCAUGGCCACCACACCUCUGUACAAUGGCCACCUGUACAUCGCGCCCUGUUCCAACCGCAGAGGAGACAAAGCUCGAGCCAAAGACAAGAGGUGUGAGAGGAAACCCGGAGGAUGCAAACAAACCGCUGCACGCAACCGUCAGUGCAAAGCCAAACCCCCUCACAGGGUCCAGGAGAGCCUCGGCUCCUUCACAGAUGUCCAAAGGUCCCCGUGCGCGUCCCCAGCCAAGUGCAGGUGUCGCUCCGAGCUGGAGAAACGGGCUCGGCAGAAGCCGCUCAACCUCUCCAUGGAAAUGCACGACAGACACAGCCUUCCUGAGAUCAUCAUCACCAGUAAAGACGACGAUGAGUCCCACAGCGAAGCGCAUCAAGACCCCAGUUUGUCUAAAGCCAAAGGGCACCUGCCCGGCUUGGAAGGCUCAAUGGUGGUGGGCAGCGGCCCGAUCCCCCUGGAUAGUCCAGAGGAGGACGAUAAAGACGACAGGUACUGGAAGACCCACAACAUUGGCUGGAGGCUGGUCCGCCGGAGGGCCCUGUUUCUCAGGAGGCAGCAGCUGAACGACUGCGCUGUGUCGGUGGGAAUGUUUGGAGUGUUGAUGAUGGUCAUGGAGACGGAGCUUUCCUGGAGCGUCUACAGCAAGAGUUCCAUCUACUCGCUGGGGCUAAAGUCCAUCAUCAGUUUGUCUACCAUCAUCCUCCUCGGCUUCAUCAUUGCGUACCACUGCUGUGAAGUUCAGCUGUAUGUCCAUGACAUUGGUGCCGAGGACUGGCGGAUCGCGCUGACGUCAGAGCGCCUGGCGCUGAUCGCGGUGGAGCUGGCCGUGGUGGCCAUCCAUCCCUACCCAGUGGGUCUGCUGGAGUACUUUGAGCAUUCCAACUCUCAGGAAGCUAUAACAGAGACGGAGCUGGAGAUCGUCCUGGCGCUGCCCAUGUUCCUCAGGCUCUAUCUGCUGGGCCGAGCCAUGAUGCUGCACAGCCGCCUCUUCACCGACACGGCCUCUCGCAGCAUCGGGGCGCUGAACAAGAUCCACUUCAACACCAGAUUCGUGGGCAAGACGCUGAUGACCACGUACCCAGGCACGGUACUGAUGAUGUUCAGUGUGUCUCUGUGGGUGGUGGCCGCCUGGGGCUUACACGUGUGCGAGAGGUACGUGGAGUUGAGCCGCAGCACGAGUGUCGAGUCCAAUGUUCUCUGGUCCCUCCGCUCCUGCAGGCACCACAACUACAGAGACCUGAGCAGCAACUACAUGGAGGCUCUGUGGAUGGUCUCCGUCACCUUUCUGUCCAUCGGCUACGGAGACGUGGUCCCUCACACCUACUGUGGCCGCAGCAUCUGCCUGCUCACUGGGAUCAUGGGAGCUGGCUGCACCGUGCUGGUGGUGGCGGUCGUGGCCAGGAAGUUGGAGUUGACUCGAGCAGAGAAACACGUGCACAACUUCAUGAUGGACUCGCACAUUUCCAAGAGGAUAAAAAUCGCCGCAGCGAAUGUGCUGAGGGAGACUUGGCUCAUCUACAAACACACCAAACUGUCCCGGGAGAGGGAUCACACCCGCGUCCGGAUGCACCAGAGGAAGCUGCUGCUGGCCAUCCACCAACUCCGGCGAGUGAAGAUGGAGAAGAGGAUUCUGGCAGAUCAAGGAAACACACUUGUGGAUCUCUGCAAGAUGCAGAACCUGAUGUACGACGUCCUGUCUGAGGUCCAGAGCUGCAGAGGAGAGCUGGACUGUCACAUCCACGUCCUGGAGAAGCACGUGGAGGAGCUGAGGGAGGGCUUCAGGAGCCUGAUGCCCCUGCUGUCCAGCACACUGUCCACCCAGAACUCCUCCAUCAGACACCUCCUCAGGGAGAGGGAGGUGAAGGCCGAGACUGGCGCCGCUGACGGCUAGAGGCGGCCGGUCGAUCUGGGACUAAAAAAAGUGUAGAAUGAAAACAUUAGCUUUUGAAUAGAAACAUCCCAAAUUGUUUUUCAUUUUUAUGAAUCUUACAUACCACGAUGAUCAAUUUCAACUGCUAAUCUGGUGACGGGUGUCACAGUUGCAGCUCAUGAAGCCAUUGAUAUUAGUGGGCAAAAGCAGAAGGUGACCUCAACUCACCCGACACACACGGCUAGGAUAAACUGUUUAGGACCAUCACUGUAGCACGCUUGAGAUGGCUGACCACAACCUCUUCAGUGCUCAAGAGGUGCUGUUCCAGUCGAUAUCACACAGAGGUCAAAGACGUGAGAUUUCACAUCCAUGGUUAAUACUUUUCUGUAAAUAACACGGCACGACUCGGAAGGUGUAGA